CGAAGACUCUCGAGCUGACGCGGCCGGGCCGCGCAGGGUGGCGGCGGCCAUGGAGCGGGACGGGCAGCAGCUGUCCGCGCGGCCGACCCUGGAGACAGAGGGCUUGCGCUUCCUGCACGUCACGGUGGGCUCCAUGCUAGCCACAUAUGGCUGGUACAUCGUCUUCAGCUGCAUCCUUCUCUACGUGGUAUUUCAGAAGCUCUCCACCCGACUCAGGGCGCUGAGGCAGAGACAGCUGGACCAGUCUGCAGCGGCAGUGGAACCUGAUGUUGUUGUUAAACGACAAGAGGCUUUAGCAGCUGCCCGUUUGAAAAUGCAAGAAGAAUUAAAUGCACAAGUCGAAAAGCAUAAGGAAAAACUACGACAGCUUGAAGAACAGAAAAGGAGACAGAAGAUUGAAAUGUGGGACAGCAUGCAAGAAGGAAAAAGUUACAAAGGAAAUGCAAGAAAGCUUCCAGAAGAAGACAAUCCUGGGCCUUCUACUUCAUCCACCCUGCCGAAACGGAAGUCUGACAGAAAGCCUCUGCGGGGAGGUGGUUACAACCCUCUGUCUGGUGAAGGAGGGGGAGCCUGCUCCUGGAGACCUGGACGCAGAGGCCCGACAUCUGGCGGAUGAGGCUAAGAAUCUUGUUAGUGUCACUUUCGACAUUAGCAAGAUGAGUCCAUAACCCUCAGUUCAAUUGCCUUACGCACACUUUUCACAGUGACUGGCCAAGGGGAGUGGGUUUAUUUGUGAUCGUAACUACACCUGCAUCUUUAAUGGCUGAAGUCCACAAGGGAUAUAGACAUCACCACUAGCAGUAGGGACAGUUGGUCACACUUCACUAACUGUGGAUACAGUGACGGUGUUCAUUGAUUUCAUGAAAAUUGCUAGUUGGUAGAUAAAGCCCUCCAGGUGACUAACAGUCUUGAGUUAAAAGAGACCCAGUCAUGGUUCUUCAAGUUAGAAGUCCUUGCUGGUUGGUCAGUCUCUGUGCCAGGUUGCGUUGAAUGAUGUCUUCCUUGUAAAUGGUGAGCCCACCAGCGAGGAUUACUGAUGCCGACAGUCGAUGGGGUUGUUUCUGUAUAUUUAUUUUUAUGUACAGAACUUUGUAAAAAAAAAAAAA